CAGAUCCAUUUCCUGCUAAAUGGGAUCUAAUCCAUAGCAAAGCAAAAUGAAGUUUAUAGUAGCAUUCCUGUUGUGUCUGGUUGUUCACAGCUGUCUUUCCGAGAAAGUGAGAUAUGAUGGUUACAAAUUGUACAAAUUCACUCCGAGGACUGCUGAGGCGGUACAAGCACUGGUCGAGUUGGAACAAGGUGAUUUCUCGGAAUAUAAUUUCUGGAGCUCCGUAGGACCCGUAGGAAUACCUGUUCAGAUUAUGGUGCCCCCUUACAAGAUAUCUGAGGUGCACCAUUUAGCGGAGAGGGUGGGAAUCGAUGCAGAGGUGAUGAUGGAGAACGUCCAGGACUAUAUCGAUGCUGAGGAGCGUCCGGCGACUUAUGACACUGGAUUUGGCUGGGAGCGUUAUCACACUCUCAGUGAGAUCAACGAAUGGCUUGUGAAUUUAAGAGAUACAUACCCUGAAGUAGUGACACUAAUUGAAGUGAACGCCACCUACGAAGGGCGCACAAUUCUGGGCGUAAAAGUGCAGUAUCCUACCAGCAACGUAUCUCAAUCCGUAUUUGUGGAGUCAACUAUCCAUGCUCGUGAAUGGAUCACAUCUGCAACUACAACUUACAUAUUGAACGAGUUACUGACAAGCACCAAUACUACUAUAAGCGAAUUGGCACGAAAACAUGUCUGGUACUUCUUCCCUGUGUUUAAUCCUGACGGAUUUCAAUUUUCACACACUACGGAUCGUAUGUGGAGAAAGACACGUGUCCCCCACAGUGUCCUCUGUAUUGGUGCCGACCCUAACAGAAACUGGGAUUACCAUUGGGGCGUUGCUGGUACAAGCAACAGUCCUUGCACAGAAAUCUACCGCGGUCCGGAACCCUUCUCAGAGCCCAGCUGUAGAGUUAUGUCCGAGUACAUCGACGGCAUUGCAGAUCAACUCCUGGCGUACAUCAGUUUCCAUUCCUUUUCGCAACUUUUGCUGAUACCGUUUGGUUAUACACAUGAACAUAUAGGCAACUAUGAUAAAAUAUACCAGAUUGGCCUAAAAUCCGCAGAAGCCCUAGCUCAACGGUUUGGUACUCAAUACAGGGUUGGAACUGUUUACGAAACUAUAUAUCCAGCUGCUGGAAGCAGUCCUGAUUGGGUUAAAGGCAAAUAUGGAACGCCAAUAGUUUACACUUACGAACUUCGGGAUUUAGGCGUGCAUGGCUUUCUACUUCCACCAGAACAAAUCAUACCAACAUCUGAGGAAACUUUGGAUUCUUUCAUAACUAUAUUUAAGGAAUACGAAGCAUAUGAGACAAAUAAUGUAGUUUAAAGUUAAUGACCGAUAAUAAUAUAAUGGGUCUAGCAUUGACUUAAAUACAUGUCAAUGUGAUUGAAUUUUGUUUCAUUUUAUUUUUAACAAAUAAAUAUGGUCUAUCUUCCUAUGUAUACUA